AUGGAUCCUUUGAGCAUAUUUACAUUGAUCACGGUCUGCGUGCAAGCGACUGCCUCAUUAUACCAGACCAUCGACGAUUCGAAAAGCCGCAAACAAGAUGUCCAGCACCUCAAAAUCGAGAUUGGUGAUCUGAACAUCGUCCUGAAGGCCCUGCAAAAGAACCUUGAAGAGUCCACCGAGAACUUCGAAGUACUCAGGCUCAUCCUGGAACGAUGUGGCCAGGCCUGCAAAGAAUUUGAGACGAAGGUGCUUGACUUAUUGAAGGAAUCUGGGAGCUCAGUGAAACAAAUUAAAGCAUGGACAAAGUUGCAAUUUUUGGGGGGCGAUAUCAACAAUUUCAGAAAACUCAUUGGCAGCUACAAGGCUACUGUGACCAUAGCUCUUGCGGAUUACAACCUCAAAAGUACCAGAGUGACCCAGCAGCUCAUUGAGCAAUACGCGGAACUGACAAAAGAUACGGCCUCGGAUCUAGAAGAGCAGAUCACAGAGCUGAGCGAAAAGCUCGAAGCGCUGGAAUCAGCACCUGCGGACCGGUCAAUCGAUAGUAUGGACGCAGAUUCAAAGACUGACUCAUUGAUUGCUAAACAGACUCUGGACCAAAAGGCUGGCCUGGAGCAAUGUUUGCUUGUCUGUCAGCAACUCCUCAAUCAUAUCAAGAAGUUGAGGCUAUUGGUAUCGGGGGGCCCUGGGAGCAUGAAGCGGGCAAUGGACACCCAAGAUGCGGCUGAAGGAGCUGACAUACUUGCUCCUCGACUAACAGCUGACACACUGAGGAUCUGUCUGCAUAGUGUUGGGGCUACAGCUCAGCAGCUCCAAGAACUCGGCGGAGGUAGCCAAUCGCCAAACACAUCAUUCAAAGCUCAAGUCGAGCAUCAACUGGCUGGCGCCCGGCAGUGUUUGGAUGUGGUCGAAACGGCUCAACAACGCCGCAUCAAUUCCUUCGAGAAUAUCGCAAUUGGAGACGAUUCCUUCCAAACAGUUGUCUCGACGAUGGGAGCUCUUAUAAGGGCAAAUGGCCUGACCAUUGGAGCCCGAUCCUUUAACAUGAUGGGUCAGAUGAACGACGAAAGUCUGCAAGCCGCUGUUAAUAACUUCGGCGUGAGGGCGCCUAGGAAUCCUCUGCCCAAUAAGACACAUGCCGGAUUCGAGGAGCGACAUGGAUUUGGUCGUACAAUCAACGGAAGUAGGCAGUAG